AGAGAGAGAGAGAGAGAGAGAGAGAGAGAGAGAGAGAGAGAGAGAUCGGACUGACCCGCACACGCGUGCCUGUUUCCUCUCAGUGGUGCUCACGCGCGUUUCACUACUUUUGACACGGAAUUGCUUUUUUCUUCGAGGCGACAUCUCUUAAACGUCAAACGUAACGCUGUUUUCCAUCAAGUCUUUUGUCAGCGUGUGCUUGAUGCGGAUUAAAUCACUCCAGAAACAUCAAUCUCAUCUGAAAGCGGAUCAGCACCGUGGACAGCGGAUGCCAGAGAAACUUCAAAGAGGAAAUAAAGAUUUGACAUUCCAUUUUCUCGACUGAGAAAUCCAGCAUCUGCGCACAAUACAGCACGGCUUCGCAUCCAGCCAUGCUGUUUUUAUGGAUCAGCUGACACAGAUGAGGAAAUCCAUGUCUGUAAGGUUGGGAAGUCGCUCCAGUCCAGCCUCAGCCUCAUUUGUAAGGAUAAACCCCGCUUAUAUCAAAUUACAGAGACACUGUUGAACCAACAACAGUGCCGAAUGAGCCAUGUGAAGAUCUAAAUGUGGUAAACAAUAGUCACUGGACUCUCUGGAGCUUGAUGUUUCCAGAUGCAAAUGGAUUAGUCCACUGCCGAAAGAGACCACCAGCGCUGAUGAACGACUAUGAAAUAACCGUUUAGAUGCAUUUUAUAUGACUUCAUUUUUAUUUUGGUAGACAGAGCACCAUGGUAUUACCAGCCCCUGAUAAGCGGCAUGUGUGCCUAACCACCAUUGUAAUAAUGACCAGCAUGGCCUUCAUGGACGCGUACCUUGUGGAGCAGAACCAAGGUCCACGCAAAAUCGGUGUUUGUAUUAUCGUCCUUGUUGGAGAUAUUUGUUUUCUCAUAGUCCUCCGUUACGUGGCGGUGUGGGUGGGCGCAGAGGUGAGGACUGCGAAGCGUGGCUACGCCAUGAUCCUCUGGUUCCUCUACAUCUUUGUUCUGGAGAUCAAGCUCUACUUUGUAUUCCAAAAUUACAAGGCUGACCGCAAAAGUCUAGAGACCGUAGCUCGGAAAGCAUUGACUUUGUUGCUGUCGGUUUGCGUACCGGGGCUAUACCUAGUACUCGUCGCGCUCGACAGCAUGGAGUACGUAAGAACCUUCCGGAAGAAGGAGGACAUGCGGGGUCGACUCUUCUGGGUGGCGCUUGACCUCCUGGAUGUGCUCGAUAUCCAGGCCAACCUGUGGGAGCCACAGCGGACAGGUCUGCCCAUCUGGGCCGAAGGUUUGAUGUUCUUCUACUGUUACAUCCUGUUGCUCAUCCUCCCGUGCGUUUCUUUGAGCGAAAUCAGCGUGCAAGGUGAGCACGUGUCACCUCAAAAGAUGAUGCUCUAUCCUAUUCUCAGUUUGGUGACCAUAAACAUCGUCACCAUUCUCAUCCGAGGCGUUAACAUGGUGUUGUUCCAGGAUAGCCGGGUAUCGACCAUCUUCAUCGGCAAGAACGUCGUCGCCAUCGCAACCAAGGCUUGCACCUUCCUAGAGUACCGGCGACAAGUUAAAGAGUUUCCUCCGCAAGAUCCCGCAGCCAUUGCCAUGGAGAUACAACAGAACUCUGUGUCGCACAAUCAAACUCUGCCGAACGCCACAACCACCCUUCCCGAAGAACCCUCACCGGCACGUGAGGUCAUUGACACGUGACCAGGGCCUAGGAGAAACAAUGCUUCAUUUUAAAACACAAGGGACAAAAACAGAACUUGUGGUUCCACAGCAAUGCUAAGAGUUCAGUUUUUAAAGUCAUGCUGCUCUUAACCAAGUGUUCAAAGGCAAUUAUGUCACAGAUGCACAAAUGGCAGCACACCAGAGUUCUGUUAUCAUAAUUUUAACUGGAUUUUAUAAAUUUGAGCAGCUGUUAAAUUAUGUUCCUUAUGAAGAGGGUUUUUUUUUUUACAAGAUUUGUAUGAUAUACAGGUGGCUCACCUUCAUGAUGACCAGGAAAAUGCAGAGUCUGUCCCUGCAGGACUCCCAACCAGAAUCAAACCUUAUAAAAAUUCAACACUUCACCCAUUGAUUUGAUUAUGCAACCAAUAAAAGUGCAGCACACAUCUUUUUGGCAGAAUUCUGAAAAUCUGUCAAUCACAGCCUGCAGUCGGGUUUAAAUUCAUGAAGUGAAUAUCAAAUAACAUUUCUAUGACGAUUAUGAAGAUGAAACAUAAUGAUUUGAGCAUGUUUUAAUGAAAAACACAGAACUCUUAAGAUUCUCUUCCUGGGGAACUGGUUUAGUUCAAUGAAAAAUGCAAUCUUUGAGGUUUAUGGUCAUGUAUGUGUGCGCGCGUGCGUGGGUGUGUGUGCGUGUGAAGAGAAAAUAAUUUAAAAAAGAAAGUUUCAAAUUAAAUGACCAUUAAAGAUUUUAGAUUUCACUGACAGAUAAUACAUUAAAUUAUAUACACUGUCCAGUUUUUAAAUAAUUGUAUUAUUAUUGUUAUUAUUAUUAUUAUUAUUUUCCUUUAGCUGUGACAUUUUAAAUGUUGCCAAAAUGUAAUAAAA